AUGGCAAAUAUUUUUGGGAUAACUCUACGAUUCUUUACCGAUGUCGCGGACGCCAGGACGCCAGGAUGCCUUUAUUUGUACGCGUCCAUCAAGCAAGAAGAUAUAGGUGAGCAGUGCGUGGGAAUGAUCCAGGAGGAGGAAGAGGACGAGGACGAGGAGGAGGAGGGUGUGAUCCCAUUCCACGACACACGGAAGUUAUAUUACAGAUUUCAGUACACGUAUACAAGGGUAGGGACGACACUGUCAGUUCUCUUUCAUACCUACACGACGUCACUGUUUCUGCAACCACCCACAGACGUUCCUAGACCUACAGGGCGGUGUCGGGACACGGAUGCCCGGUGUUUCCCGCCCGUCAAGGAGACCGGGUGGUACGCUGACCGGUGUGACCACGCCCACCAGAACGUGAUGGACGCCUGUCAGUACAUGUGUGGCGUGUGCGAACAUUCGGCAUACAGAGACGCCAAGUUAUACUUUGAUUUCAAUCAACUCAGUGGUUCAAAGUUUAAGGACCGACAUGGCCGCCAAAGCGAUGCUGUCUCCCCGGAUGUAUCCGUUGACCCCCAGGGGCGUGUGCUGGGUAUGUUGUUCCUCAACCAGUCAGCCUGUGUCACGCUGGGAGAUUUCGUAGGCACGUGUGUGAGUGACCCAGGUCUGUGCGAGAUUAGCGGGAUGACGAUUUCUUUCUUCUUCGAGUAUGGCCUUUCUCAUCUAACAACAGCUGACUUGAUAGUCUUCACAUCAGGUGGUCGCGGCCGAUCUCGUGGGAUUGCCUUCUACUACGAAUACAACUUGAAUCGCUAUUCACUGACGUUGAGAACGGGGAGUCAGGAAUACACUGUGACCUUUGAAGACGACGACGUUCACUUCCGGGGUCAGACAGUAACCCAUUUUGCAAUCACAUGGGACAAAACUCAAGGACUGAAGCUGUAUGGAUCUGGCGUUGUGCUGCGAUCCACGACACAGUUCAGUUCUGUCAACACUUCCGAUGUCUACACUCAUCUCAGAAUUGGCUGUCAGCAUCUCAAUGACACGUGGGGCGCCUGGAUGAAGAUUGACGAACUGGUCAUUUGGGAAAGAGUUCUCUCCCCUGAUGAAAUAUUCAGCAUAUCUGCAAGUCCUAUACUUGCAGAUAGCAGACGCCCAGGAGACGGUAGAGGUCAGAUACUCAAACAGCUUGACUCUGAAGUCUUGAAUACAUCGAACGUUUCAGACUUUACAUCCCUCUUGAGUACGUUUCAAGACACAGUAUCAAACAAACCUCUCACCGGAAAUGAUAUCCAGGAGGCCAGUGCCAUUCUGUCACACCUGAACGACAGAAAUGUUUAUCGGCAGAUUCCCUACGACGUGUCCUCCGACAUUGUUUCCAAAGUCAGUGAUAUUGUGGAUAUGUUACUAAAUGAAAGCAACCACGAGGCUUGGACUGCAUAUUCGAAAAACACUCCAGGCGCCCUUCCCUGUCUGGUAGAUUCCGUUGACAACUUCUUUGGAAUGGUGACAGAAGACAUCCUGAGACAAAACAAACCCAUUUACAUCAGAGAGGCGAGAGAUAAUUUCGAUGUCCGGGUGGUGUCGAUGGUGUCGUCUCAGGCGGUGUUUGAGUUGGAGGACGGCGACGUGGCCGAGUUAAAGCGAACGUCAACGGACGCGGCUGCCGUCGUCGUGCAAGUCUUCAAGGGAAUCGGCAAAAUAUUCCCUACGGCAAACAACGCAACAUUCCCUUCGCCGAAAAACGCAUCUCAAAACGUCACUCUGAAGAUUAGCGAUGACAUUGUGGGCGUUUCCCUUCUUUCUGUCAAUCAAACAACUGAUACGACGAUAGUGGUGACGUUUCAUUAUGACGUCGAUAACGGAAGUGUCGUGUACCCCCGUUGUGUUUAUCUUCAUUAUUCUGGUAGGACGAGGGCGUAUACAGAACGUCAGGCUCGCUGGUCUGAUUCUGGUUGUGUCACGGAUGUCGGCAGCAACAAAGUCACGUGCACGUGCCGCCAUCUCACUAACUUCGCCAUCUUGUUCAACGUCGUUGACGUUGAGGUGAUGCGAGAAGACAGAGAGGCGCUGGAGGUGAUCACGUACAUCGGGUGUUCGCUGUCCAUCCUUGGGGCGUCACUAUCCGUCAUCACGUUUAUACUGCUAGGAGCGUACACGGAGCGGAUCAUACUUCACCUGAACCUCGCUAUCGCCAUCAUCGGGGCGCAGAUUCUUCUUCUGCUGGAGGAAGCUGUCACCAGGGCAACGUCUGCGUGUGUUGCCGUCACUAUCUUGCUGUACUAUUUCAACAUGGCCGUCUUUAGCUGGAUGCUGUUGGAAGGGAUUCACCUGUUUCUACAGACAGUCAUCGUGUUCACGUCGAACCCAAGAAUAAAGCAGUAUUACGCUGUUGGCUGGGGAGUCCCAGCUCUUAUUGUCAUCGUAGCUGUCUGCAUUCUUCAUGAUAGCCUUGGAAAACACGACGUGUGUUGGUUGACAGCGGAAGACAACUCCAUCUGGGCGUUCGCGGUACCAGCUCUUCUCGUGAUGUGUUUAAAUCUUCUGAUUCUCGUCUCUGUGCUGCACGUGGUAUUGACGCUGAGUCCUAGCGUGGAGGAGGACAAACUCAGAAAUAUCAGGAUCGCCGCCCGAGCCUCCAUCCUACUGCUGCCCCUGCUGGGUACGGGCUGGUUGUUCGGUGUUCUCACGGUGUCCAGUCGGACCGUGGUGUUCCAGUACCUGUUCGCCGUCAUCAACUCGUCCCAGGGUCUGCUGCUCUUCAUCUGUCACUGCGUCUACAACACAGAGAUACGUCAGAUGUUUGUGAGUAAAACGUCACACUGGGAGCUAACCAGACAGUUACGGACACACAGGCGGGUUGGCCCGUUGUCCGACCAGAGACGGAUGGAUGAACCUAUGACUACCACCUAUGGCGGGGAUGUAGUGUCUAUUUGACAAUAUAUGAGUCCAUGACCACCGCCUAUGGAUGUAGUGUCCAUUUCACAACAUAUCAGUGGCUUUAGUGCCAGGACGCAUGCGUGGAACUGAUUAUAAACGAUAUAUCCUACUAGAAAUGUGUUUGUGAUCCAAAUAAAACCAACUGACCAAUAAAUAAUUUAUUGA